ACAAAACGGUGCAAAGGAGAGCUGUGAUUGGCUGAAGGACCAUGUGCGCUGGAAUUCGAACGCAUUGCUGAUCAACACGAAGUUCACGGAACUGUGAGAUUUUUUAAUUGGAAGUGAGGCGGGUUUUCACUGCAAUUUUACACUGUCUUGAGCGACUGAUUGAUUAUAAUUCAUCAUCAUGAAACCAUCGCGGGGUAAGACCCCUAAGAAGACGCCACGCAAACCUCAGAAUAAAGACCCAGUUGAGGUCUACUGUCGACUACGUCCAAUCAGUGAGGAUCUAGACAUCUGUGUCACUGUUGUCAAUAGCAACACCAUUCAGUUGAAGCCACCAGAGAAUUCAAUUGCCGUCAAGAAUGGAAAUUACAAAGAGACACAGCAUACCUUCAAGUUUGUCUUCCCCGAGCUCAUAUCCCAGAAGGCAUUGUUUGACCACGUGGCACUACCCCUAGUGGACGACCUCAUUCAUGGAAAAAAUGCCCUGCUGUUCAUGUACGGCAUCACAAGCUCCGGCAAGACUCACACCAUGCAAGGAACGCCAGGCGAUGGCGGCAUCCUUCCUAGGUGUCUAGAUGUGCUCUUCAACAGCCUCGGAGACCUGCAGGCCAGGAAAUACGUGUUCAAGCCGGACAGGGCUAACGGCUUUGAUGUUCAGACAGAGGCUGACGCUAUGAUGGAUAGACAAAAGAAGGAACUCCUAGCUCCACCCCCGACACCCAAGAGCACGCCCAAAACACCCAGAAGGAGACCACCCCAGAAUGACAUAGCAACGAUGGUGAGGGUGCCGGACACCAAUCGCAUCGGCUCAGUGGACGAAGACAACAACUACAGCGUGUUUGUGUCAUACAUCGAGAUCUACAACAACUACAUCUAUGACUUGCUGGAGGAUACGCAGUCCGAUGGCAUAAACCAGAAGCAAUGGCAGACGCCAAAGUCACGGGAAGAUCUCAAUGCCAUACCCUUGCAAUCCAAGACACUACGCGAGGACAGUAACCACAACAUGUACGUUGCCAACUGCACGGAAAUAGAAACCAAGAACACGGAAGAAGCCUAUGGGAUCUUCAUGAAAGGUCAAAGACGAAGGAAGGUGGCUCACACUCAGCUGAAUACAGAGUCAAGUCGUAGUCACAGUGUCUUCAAUAUCAGGCUGGUCCAGGCUCCGCUGGACCCAGUAGGGGAAGAAGUCCUGCAGGAUAAGGACCAGGUAUGUGUGGCCCAGCUCUCCCUGGUGGAUCUGGCCGGCAGUGAGCGGACGGGACGUACCCAGAACUCUGGUGAUAGGCUGAGGGAGGCGGGAAACAUCAACGCAUCACUCAUGACCCUCAGGACUUGCAUUGAAGUACUGAGAGAGAAUCAGAUGAAUAACUUCAAUAAGAUCGUCCCGUAUCGGGACUCCAAAGUGACCCACAUAUUCAAGAACUACUUUGACGGUGAGGGUAAAGUGCGCAUGGUGGUUUGUGUCAACCCACAGAGUGCUGACUAUGAUGAAACCACGCAUGUGAUGCGCUUUGCUGAGGUGACCCAAGAGGUACAAGUUGCCCGACCUACGGCUGUCAAAUUUGAUAUCGGCUUGACUCCAGGAAGGAGAAGAGCCAACCUGAUAUACAAGAAGAUGUUGGAAGACGGUGCUGAGCUGGAGGACCUUCCCAUGGAGACACCAGUCAUUAUCAAUCUUGGCCCGGCCUUCCCUUGCCUAGAGAUCAAUGACCCCAACGAAGACACCACCCUGCAGAACCUGAUUGCUUUCCUGGCUGAGAGAGAGAGGCGAAGACACACCUUGCAGGAAGAGCUCACCCGCAAGCAGGGCGCCUUCCGGGCUCAUCUGAUGGAGAUGGAGCGUGAGAUGGAAACGCUCAAACAGCAGAACGACGAACUGAACAUGAAGCUGUCGUCCAAAGACAAGAACGUUCAGCGCUUUGAGAAACGCAUCAAAACCCUAGAGCAAGAGAACGGGAUGCUGCAGAGGACGCAUACAGCUUACGAGUACUCCAAGAGGGAGCUGGAAACGGAGCUCAUUGAGGAGAAGACGAAGAUCAAGAAACAGAAGCACGAGCAAGAGCGUCUGAGGCAGGCGCUGAAGGGCGUGGCCGGCAGCGAGAAGAUGAAGUGGGAGAAGGAAUGCGAGAAGCGUGUCCGCGCAACCCAGAUGGAGAUGCAGACCAAGAUCUGGGUCAAGGACGAGAAACUCCGCCAGCUGAAACAGAUCGUCUGCGCCCGGCAGGAACGGGAGGACAAAGCCCGCAAGGCCAAGGCGGACCUGAACCGCACCCGGUCACCGCCACCCAAGAUGACCCAGCCACCGGUCAAGCUGCGACACCGCCGGUCAAGGUCGACGUCCAAUGCCUGGAUUGACCACAAGCCAGCAACAACGCUUGAUACUGAGACGGUGCUGCAGCCGGCCGGUCUGAAGAAGAAACACACUGUUGCCGUGCCGACCGUCAAAGACUUGAAGGGAACGGAGAACUACAUGCUGACACAUCAGGAGGAAGACUCCAAGGGGGAACUGGAGACCAAGCUGUACAAGGCUGAAGUUCUCCAGACCCGCGGUGGUGGCAGAGCGGUACAGUUCACCGACAUUGAGAGACUGAAGACAGAGAGACCGGCCUCUACCAGCCCCAAGGAUCGCAAACGGGCCGCAGAGGAAGAGCUGGACAGUGGAGAAUGGACGGACAUCGAAACAAGAUGUGCCGUUGGUUACGAGGGACGACCAGGCAAUGCGGAUCCUGCUGCCGUCCACAUUGUCCCUAGCAAGAAAAUGAAGAAGUGAGGUGCAGCUGUGGUGACUUGAGUGCGUUAGUUGAUGUGGACUUCAAAUCAUGACGAUGCAAUUAGAUCGGACAGUAUUGUGCUGGCCUAGUAUCAAACGCUUUUGCAAAUACAAAAAAACAAACCAUGUUGUGUAAAUAGUGAAAAAUAGGCUUUGCUUGGCCAUAGUUCUUGCACAGUUAAUGUAAGUGGUUCAAUUUGCGAGAGGAUGACGUAACGACAUAUUUGUAAGGGAACGCUGAGCAUGUUUAGAGUUUGGGUGGGUUUAAGUCAAUGUGAGUGAUGAAACCGGUACCUGGUAUGCUAGGAUUUAAGUAUGAAGACACACGCAGUAACGGUAAGUUGAGGUGCGUGGUACCAACUGACCCAUUUGAUUUCGCACCUUUUCUCUAAAACUACAAACUGCACAAAUCUGCUCAACUGCAUUCCAAAACAAAAAAUUAAUUUGUUCAAAGUGAAACUCUUCAAAAAAAAAUACCAUUAAAAAAGUCAUGUGAUAUUAAUUUGAACUGGUUCUGGGCUUAAAAUGGUAACAAAAAAAUUGCUCAAGGCUCACCUAUGUUUGUAAAAAUUCUGUUUACAAAUGUGGUAACAGGAAUAUGGUCUUACUGAAUUCGGGUAACUUUUUUUUUUUUUAGUAUUAGCCAAGUGUCAUACCUGCACUGUGUAUUCAAGUUUGAAUAUUUCGAAAGAUGCAAUCCAAAAAUGGUAUUUUGUUUCUCCGGAACAUUUGGUGCAAGCAUUCAUUUCACAAUUUUUGCCGCUUUCAUUUUUAGUAUUACUCAUUUUAGUCUUUGUGAACAAGUUAGUGAGUGCAAAUCCUUUGGGUGCAAAAUAUAGGGACGAAACCCUUUAGCAGUGCAACUUUUGCAUUUUUUCUAUUAACUUUUAAGAAAUAGGGCUCACAAAUUUAAAAAAACAACAAACUACAAGAAUCAUGCCAGCGCAUAGUGUGAAUGUAAAUAGAUGUCAAUAUGUAAUAUUGGUGAUUGUCUGAUUUGAUUUGAAAGUUAAUGUGUUAUUAUCAUGGAUUAAUUUUAAAAAAAAAAUCUGUUGCGCUUUUCAUAAAAUUGAACAUUUUGGGAGUUAAAUUGUAAUCAGGCAACGACUUUAUUGCAAGAGGAAAACACAGUAUUACACCGUUUCCGGUCUUUUUCUGUGGGUCAUUGUGCAACAUUUUAUUCCUUCCAGCACACUCUCUGAGAAUCUCCUGUUUUUCCAUUUAACCAACUUUAUAACUCCUCACAAAUAUUUAAGCACAAUGUCUGGAACACUGACUUCUUUGCCUACUUAUGUAUAUUUAUGACUUGAACUCCCUCAUAAUUACAAAAACACCAGGAACGUGUCCUUUUUGGGGGGCUGAAUACAGCAUACCUGGACCAAUCCAUAUCAGAAGGUUGCCGAUAAUGAACUAGUCACGUGUCAUAUGAACGGUUUACUUCUUAACUGCAAGUUUUCAGAGCACCAGCAGUCAAACAAUAAAACUGCCAAAGUUCAAUGUGUAAUAACGUUUUCCUUCAAAGUGUUCUAAACCUUUUCUUCAAGGUCUUUGCUACUAUUUUUUUCACCAAGAUAACAGUAAAUUUGGCAAACCGGACGAACUGCAAUUUACUACUCGGCCUAAAGUGCAUAGCAAUAGACAGUAAGCCAGGGUUUUUAUGUAGCGCAUUAGAUGUCAUGUAUAAACGAAUUUGGGCAAAUUGUAAAUAUCAAACCAACCUGCAUGUGUACGAGAUGUUUUGUGUGUCAUUGUGUCAUUAAAACUUUAAAGAAAA